GAGCAGCUGCAGUGCGAGUGGGGGAGAUCGCAGCGACGAGCGAGAGAGCCAGUGAGCUCCGGAGGAAAAUAAAUUCCGUUCUGUCGCGCUGCUCUCCUCCUGGACCGACCGAUCGCUGCCCCGGACUCGGGUACGUUGUGCUAAUCCUAACCCCAUCGUAUCUCCAUCUCGGAUCUCUCCGCGGUUUCGCGAGUUGCUGCUGUACAGUGCUUCGGACGCGCGCGCGCGCGUUCACGGGCGUAACCUUCCUGCUGCUUAUAAGUAAGUAGGUAGUGCUGCAUCAGUCCUGCCGCGGCCGCGAAACAGACGGGACGACGUGAGUGUUGUAUUUUUGGAGCGCAGCAGCCGUUCCGUGUCUGUCUUUCUCUCUCUCUCUCUCUAUCCCUUGCUCCUCUCCGCUCAUCACUGGCCUGUGCCGUGUACGUCUGUGCAGUGUACGAAACUCGCUGCACCUGCCACUUUGCUCGGGCAAAAAAAAGAAGAAGGAAGGAGGGCCAGCAAUCUGCAGGACUUUUCAUCCGUCGUGUGCUUUCGGAGCACGAUUAAGGUUAAACGUCUGCUCUAGAUUGGAGCAGCCUUCGGCGAACUUUGCUGGCGUUAGCAACGUCGUGCAUUUCGCUCAUGUAAACAAAGUCUGGCACACACGUAGCUGUGCGCUCAGUGAAAAGUCAGUUUUCCCUCGCCGUGGCCAGUUUGUCGGAGCUGUGGUGCUGUAUUCGAAGGCGAUUAAAGUGCUAAUGUAUAGGCGGCGGAGAGGGGCAAGGAAAGAGACAGAGACAGACGUAAUCAGAAGAAAGUCAUCAUCGGGAGAGACAGUGCCAGCCAGUUGAUUCUCCGUAGCAGCGGAGACACGAACACUCGAGCAGACGGCCAAACAGCAGAACCUGGAACAUGUUUAUUUGGGACUGGUUCACCGGGGUUCUGGGCUACCUUGGAUUAUGGAAGAAGAGUGGAAAGCUGCUCUUCCUUGGGCUGGAUAAUGCUGGAAAGACUACGUUACUUCACAUGCUUAAAGAUGACCGGCUUGCACAACAUGUACCCACGUUGCAUCCAACAUCAGAGGAAUUAUCUAUUGGCAACAUGAGGUUUACCACCUUUGAUCUUGGUGGUCAUACUCAAGCCCGAAGAGUCUGGAAGGACUACUUCCCAGCAGUAGAUGCGAUCGUCUUUUUGGUGGACGCUAGUGACAGGACGCGGUUACCAGAAUCUAGAGCAGAAUUGGAUGCACUUUUGACCGAUGAACAAUUGAGUGCAUGUCCGGUGCUUGUUCUCGGCAACAAAAUUGAUAAGCCUGGUGCAGCAUCUGAAGAUGAACUUAGGAACUUUUUCAAUCUUUUUGGACAAACGACUGGAAAGGGAAAGGUUCCACGCAGUGAUAUUCCAGGCCGCCCAUUGGAACUAUUCAUGUGCUCGGUACUGAAGAGGCAAGGAUAUGGCGAGGGUUUUCGCUGGCUUGCGCAGUACAUUGACUGAACGCACGUAAUUAAAAUCGGAACACUUCAACUCCCCAGUAAUUCAUGGUUUCUAAACUCCGGCUCAUUCUGCAUAUUGGCAUUAGUACAACAGGAUGAAUUUAAUUUUUACGAAAAAAUUAUAAUUAAAUAAUAGGUGAGGGUUUCAGUGAAUUAAAAAAAAAAACACAAGGCAGGAACAUUGUGUAUGAUGAUAAUAAUAAUGAUGAUUAGCUGUAGUUAUCGAUUCCUGUGGUAUUAAGGCCGCUUCAAGUCGACAUACUUCACAACAAUGAAUAUGGAUUCUAUAGAAUUCUUUCAAAUUUUUAUUCUCUAAAGUCUACUUUAGUAAAUACAGUGACAUACUGUGGAGUGGUUGAAACAUUUUGAUAACGAAAUCGCUAAUAAAGUAAUUAUUUAAGAAGUCCAGACAUCUUUACAGCUUAUUUCUUUACAUAUGUUAUAAAGUCGGUUGUAUGCGUUUCAAAAUAUUGUAAAUUCUUUACUAUCUGAUGUAAACAUACAACAUACAACAAACAUUUUUAUUACUUUACAUAUACAUAUGAAUGGUUCAAGUUAUUUUGGCUUAAAAUCCCAUUGGUUAAAAAAUGUGUUUGACACAACAACAGAAUUAGGUGAUAUUAAUCGUUGUUCACUUCCUUGAAGUAUAUCAAUAUUCAUUCAUUGCAAUUCAUAGCAAAUAAUUAAAUUAUUUAGGGGUAUUUCCAAAAUUAUUGGGAUUUUGGUUAUAUAGUGAAAAAAGCAAUUAAAUAGUUAGAAUAUUUAAAUUAUAGCUGAAUUAAAUUCAUUUUAUUUUUAUUUUUAUUGAUUCAUUUCAGACAAAAUAUUCCAAAGAUAGGUAAACUAUCAUUUGUAACAUCUAAAUAUGCCGUACAAAUUUCUUCUCUGUAAGAGAGAAAUUUUAUUUUUUAGCAAAUUUUUUUUGUUAUUUUGAACAAGCGAAUAUGCGAAUGAGUACACAAACUAGCAAAUUUAUUGUAAAAAAAAAAAAAAAAAAUAACUGAUGCUUCAUGUUGAUUGUGUGAUUGGUUUAUUCAGCAAUGACUGACAUGUUCUUUGUGCAUCUGCAAUAGUUGUAAGGUACUUAACGUGCAUUAUUUUCUUCGUUCAUUUUACAUGAAUAAAAACGAUGUUUUUAUACUA